CAUGUUCAGAGCCAGCUGACUAUUGAGAACUCACACUCCGCGAAACCGCAGAGUGACCUUUUGAGUUCCCCAGCCAAACCAUGGCAGCAGUCGCAGCACACAGGGUGGUGACCCUCGCAGAGCGCCAGGCUGCCCAGCGGGAAACGCAGCUGCAGUACCUGGCGGUGCAGCUCUUGGCGGAUCUGAAGACCGCCUGCUGCACCGCCCACGCCCUGGGCCGACGUCAACUGACCUGGGGGGCCGUGGUGCCCGGGGUGCAAGUGGGCAAGGAGGAGGACAUGGACGACGUCCUCACAGCGCUGGACCGGAUGAUCACGGAGGAUCGGAAGCAGGGCGCGGGCUUCGCGAAAGUGGAGUGGUGCCGAGCUCAAGCUCCGACGCAAUGGGUGUUCGAGCCGGCGCGAUUCGGGUCCCACAUGCAGGUGCGCGUGUACUGGGGUGACGCAGACGGGGACUACUUCCAAGCGAGUUGAGCGAUCUGCGCCAGGAAACGUCAGGGCAAAACGAGCUUACCCAUGAGGAAAGAGCCAGUCUCCCAGCAAUGGGACCUCAUCGGCUAGGUCCCCCGGCUAGGUGCCCUU